CGCCGCCGCCUGCACUAGCGCCAUGCCCGGCCGCCCCGGCCUGCCCGGGGGAGCCUAAGGGGUCGCGUCGCGGCGGGGCGAGCGGGAGCAGGAGGAGGAGGAGGGAGCAGCAGCAGCAGCAGCAGCAGCAGCAGCGGGCGGGCUGGCCAUGGCGGCCGCCGGCGGCUACACGGACCUGCGCGAGAAGCUCAAGUCCAUGACUUCCCGGGACGGCGCCAAGGCGGGCGGCCGGGACGCCGCGGCCGCCGCUGCAGCCGCCGCCGCCGCCGCUGCUGUGGCCGCCGCCGCCGCCGCCGCGGCCGCCGGGGCCAACCACCACCACCACCACCACCACCACCACCACCACCAUCACAGCAACAACAGCAACAGCAACAAGCGCAAGUACGCCGAGGACUCGGACGCCGAGCGCAGCGACUACGAGGAGCAGCAGCUGCACAAGGAGGAGGAGGCGCGCCGGGUCAAGAGCGGCAUCCGGCAGAUGCGCCUCUUCAGCCAGGACGAGUGCGCCAAGAUCGAGGCCCGCAUCGACGAGGUGGUGUCCCGCGCCGAGAAGGGGCUCUACAACGAGCACACGGUGGACCGGGCCCCGCUGCGCAACAAGUACUUUUUCGGCGAGGGUUACACGUACGGCGCGCAGCUGCAGAAGCGCGGGCCGGGCCAGGAGCGCCUCUACCCGCCGGGCGACGUGGACGAGAUCCCCGAGUGGGUGCACCAGCUGGUCAUCCAGAAGCUCGUGGAGCACCGCGUCAUCCCCGAGGGCUUCGUCAACAGCGCCGUCAUCAACGACUACCAGCCGGGCGGCUGCAUCGUCUCGCACGUGGACCCCAUCCACAUCUUCGAGCGCCCCAUCGUGUCCGUGUCCUUCUUCAGCGACUCGGCGCUCUGCUUCGGCUGCAAGUUUCAGUUCAAGCCCAUCCGGGUGUCGGAGCCCGUGCUGUCCCUGCCCGUGCGCAGGGGGAGCGUCACGGUGCUCAGUGGGUAUGCUGCUGAUGAGAUCACGCACUGCAUACGGCCUCAGGACAUCAAGGAACGCCGCGCCGUCAUCAUCCUCAGGAAGACCAGACUAGAUGCUCCCCGGCUGGAAACCAAGUCCCUGAGCAGCUCCGCAUUGCCACCUAGCUACAUCUCGGACCGCCUGUCAGGAAACCACAGGGACCCCUCUCUGAAGCCCAAGCGAUCCCACCGCAAGGCAGACCCAGACGCAGCCCACAGGCCGCGGAUCCUGGAGAUGGACAAAGAGGAGAACCGCCGCUCGGUGCUGCUGCCCACGCACCGGCGGAGGGGCAGCUUCAGCUCCGAGAACUACUGGCGCCAGUCCUACGAGUCCGCGGAAGACUGCUCGGAGGCAGCGGGCAGCCCUGCCCGCAAGGUGAAGAUGCGGAGGCACUGAGGCCCGCCGCCUCCCUGGGAACUCUGGCUCAUCCUCACCAAGCUGCCCCUUUGUGUUGAGGGUUUGCUUUAUGUUUCUGUUGGUUUUUUUUCCUUCCUUGAUCCUAUAUAUUGUUUCCUUGGUUUGUUGCCUGUGAAGGCUGACAGAGCGGAAAGGCCCAGGAGCUGGGCGCUCGUGUUCUUGAUUUUCCUCCUUGGCAGAAAGGCUGUUGGUGUGUGUAGGGGAUGGAGGCUCGCUGCGCCGGGGGAGCCAGCAGAGGUGUAGGGGCUGUGUCAAACUGGGUUUAUUUAAAAGAAACAAUGUUUUGGUUCAGAAAAUCCUUGUUUUGCUUUCAUUGUAAAUCUGCAGUUUCUAAAACAGUUGCUCCUCCUGCCCACUCCGUUGUUCCCUGCGCCGGGUGGAGGUGCCCGGGGUGCCCGCCGUCCCCUCCCCUCGCUGCACUCAGGCCCCGGAAGCUCACACACACGCUCUCUCCUCCUGCCAUGGCAGAGCUGUUCAGGUUGGCAGGCUGGGGGUGCCCAGUGCCUGCUGCCUGCCCGCGGUCCUCGGGCCGCUCCUCUGCGGCACGUGCGUGCGGUUGUACAGUUAGGGUUGCCACAUCGGGUCAGUUUUAGGAGUCGUUUUCUAGCUAGAAAAGACGCGUGUCCUUCCAAGUCUAGCAUUUGGGAUAUGGGAAAUUGUUGUGGUGUGUGGUAGGGCUUUGUUUCGAGGGGUUUUUGUUUUUGUUUUGUUUUGUUUUUUCUUUGGUCUCCUUUGCCUUCUCUCUCUCUCUCCUACUCUGGCCAGCUUGGGCCUUGCCCCCCCUUCAUCCCUCUCGAAAGGGGCCUGUUCUGCCUGCCUGCCUGCAGCCAGCACAGGGCGAUCGCCCAGGCCUGCGAGCGGGGUCGGUGCCCCUUCGCCUCAGGGGCGUGGGAGCUGGGGAGCGGGCUUAGAGAAAUAACAGAAGGAAAAAAAACAAGUGCUAGUUCCUCCCACUUAGAUCUGCGCAGGUGCAAGGCUUUGCUCUUCCGGAUUCAUGAGGGACAUUUUGGCAGCCGGAGCGGGGACCCUCCUGGCAGCCGGGGGCUCGGCACGGAGGUGGCAGAGUUCCGGGGCAGCCACCCUCACGGAGCCCCUGUCCCGGGGGCCAGAACUCCUUUGCCAGCGUGGAUUCCUCAUGUCAGGACUGCAUCACUAAAGCAGUUGCAGUUUUAUUUUUUUUACAGCUUUUUUCCCAAAAAAAAAAAAAAAAAAAAAAAAAAAGGUUUGUAGUUGUGUGUGCAGCACUUUGCCCUGAUAUGUGUGCUCUACAAUAAAAACCAAAUCUAAUAUA